CGUUGAAGCAAAGAGUAGCAUUUCACUCACUUGUAUUAUCCAAAUCAAAUGUAGAAUUCGGUUUUAUUUUCUUCGAAAUUGGUAGCUUACAUCAAAAGGAGAACGUUCAAUGGAGUCGAGCCGCAAAGACGUCUACAUACCCAUCGUGCUGGCCGUGAUGGCCGCCUACAGUCGCCCCGUUCCCUUGGACGAAAUCGUCGAUGGAGUCAUGGAACUGCUCAGCUCUUUGCGAGAUCCAAUUGACUUUGAGGGUGCCACUGGCAGGAAAAUCUCUGGGAUAAGAAAGUGA